GCACUGAUGCAGUUUUCCUCGUCGUGUAAUCACUGGGAGUUCCAGCUGAGGUGUGGAGUUAGGAUAAUAAGGUCAUAGUGCUUCUGAAUGCUGACUAGAUCAAAACAAGCAGUGGACGCGUAUGAGGAGAGAGAUCAGCGCUUGGCAGGCCAGCUGGGAGGUCAGCGAACCUACCAAGGAGGAGAAGGCGGUGGCCAAGUACCUGCGGUUUAACUGCCCCACCAAGUCCACCAACAUGAUGGGGCAUCGAGUCGACUACUUUGUGGCCUCCAAAGCUGUGGACUGUCUCCUCGACUCGAAGUGGGCCAAAGCGAAGAAGGGUGAGGAGGCUUUGUUCACCACCAGAGAAUCGGUUGUGGAUUACUGCAACAGGCUCUUGAAGAAGCAGUUCUUCCACCGAGCUCUGAAAGUGAUGAAGAAGAAGCCAGAGAAGGACCUGAAGAAGGAGAAAGAGAAGGAGAAGGAGAAGGCUAAAAGUGACAGCGGCAAAGAGGAGGAGAAAAAGGGAAAGAAAGAGAAGGAGAAAAAGAAGGACUCUGAGGCCUCGGACACGAAGAAGGAAAAGGAGAAGGAAAAGAGCGACGACAGCCCCGGAUCACCGAAGAAGAAGAAGGACGUGAAGAAGAAGUUUAAACUGGAGCCUCAUGAGGACCAGCUGUUUCUGGAUGGAAACGAGGUUUACGUUUGGAUUUAUGACCCAGUACAUUUCAAAACCUUCGCCAUGGGACUGAUACUGGUGAUUGCGGUGAUCGCUGCAACGCUGUUCCCCCUGUGGCCGGCGGAGAUGAGGGUGGGCGUGUACUACCUGAGCGUCGCAGCCGGCUGCUUCGUCGCCAGCAUCCUGCUCCUCGCCGUCGCUCGCUGCAUCCUGUUCCUGAUCAUCUGGCUGGUGACGGGUGGACGUCAUCACUUCUGGUUCCUGCCGAACCUGACAGCGGAUGUUGGCUUCAUUGACUCGUUCCGGCCUCUUUACACGCACGAGUACAAGGGUCCUCGCAGCAGCGGCAAGAAGAGCGGCGGCGACAAGGCUGACAGCAAAUCUUCGGAAAGCGGCAAAGCGCAGAAGUCCGACAGCGAGGAUAAAUCAGACAGCGAGAAAAAGGAGGGCGAGGAAGAGGAGGACGACGAUGAGGAGGUGAAGGAGACGGAGCGGCGGAAUUCGGACACGGAGGACAGCGAGCGGCGGGAGGACGAGGGGUCGCAGCACAGCAACGGGAACGACUUCGAGAUGAUCACCCGCGAGGAGCUGGAGCAGCACACGCAGGACGAGGAGGAGGAGGAGGAGGAGGAAGAGGAAGAGGAGGAGGAGACGAAGCCUUUGACUGUCGAGACGUAAAGCGUCUCCGCGCGGACUCGGAUUAACGUCAGGUUUCAGAGAGGCUCCCCAUCACUUUCACGUUCAGACUGAGAUCUUCCACUACAAAAUGUACAAACAGGGUCAAAGGUUAAAAAUCGAGAGCAGAAACGCCUUCGGUGACAAUGCAAAUAUUUCCGUGGCUUUUUUUUUUGUUUGUUUUUGUUUUGUUCUUCCUGCUCAGUUUUAUUUUCAAAGCCCCCGUAAAAGGAAAGAUGCUGUUUGCGUAGCGUAGCGUCCCGUCUGUCUGUAUCUGUGUGUUUGUUUUUUCUGGGUCUGCAGAGGUUCUGGAGAGGUUCUGAAGCCUCACUGUGGACGUCUGCUUUUCGGAGAGGAUGCAAACAUGCGAAGUGCUUAAGCUGCCACAGUAAAACGUUCUGAAAAACCCAGUAAGAUUCUCUUAGGCUGUCGCCGUCGUUUGAGUUAAAUCGGUGCUAGUUUUCACUCAAGUUGGACCAACGUUUUCUUCUACCUUCCUCGUUUUUUUGCAGAUGUGUGAAUGAUCAGACGGAGCUCUGGAGCAAGCAGGUGUUGUUUAAUGUACAUUUUCAGUACGUGAUGUCCGUCUCUCACAUUUCCAGCUCUCGUGAUCGUAUAAACGUUUAGUAUUCAACACUAGUUCAGUUCAGCCUUUCAGGCAAAAUGAAACCUGUUUUUGGAAGCUGGACUUGACGGCUAAGAUAGGCUGGAUUAUGAAUGAGGAAACUUCAUUUAGUGCCAAAAUCCACCACAGUACGUUUUUUAUUUCUAGCUGGUUUGAUGAGAGACGCUGCUCUGCCCUGUCACUAAAAUUCGGAUGUUUACAGACUGAAUUUCAUGCGUUUUUCUCUCUAGAGCCCCAUCUGAAUAUUUAAAUUGCCAGGAUGUGAGGUUUAGACUUUUAUUGCGCUAAAGAACACAGCUUUAAAACGAAGCCCUUUUCCGUGCGGUUGAGGACGUCUUUACUGCUAAAUCGGUCCGUCUGCGCCUUCCUCCCUUUACGAUUCUGCCUGUGAACUGAAGUCUGACCGUUCAGGAAAUUUUACCUACCGAUUAAAUUAGCUUUACGCCAACGUCUGAACUGGAGCGCCAAAGUUUGAACAGUGUAGUACGAUGUGGGACAUUAAGUCGCUCCCUAAAGACAUUAUUCCAGCUCCUUUGGGUCUAAACGGGGCCAAGGUCCAAUAAUAUUAAUAAUAAUAAUUAUAAUAAUAAUAACUUUAAUUACAGCUGAAUUCUGUUUUUUCUUAUUUUUACUUUAGUGCUCAUUUUACUCUGAGACUGAGAUAUUUAAAGAGAUUGUUUCUCAAUAUUGACUCUACAAAUAUAUCUUAUAUCCACGCUGGGAGUUCAGGGGUGAUGAAAUGUGCCCUUUGUUUAUUUUGUCUUUCUUUUUUAAAAAAAGGAAACUAUUAUAAUGUAUGAUGCAGCUUUUCAUUUCUCUGCAAUAUUUUUUACCUACGUAGAGCGUCAGCUAACGCACAGAACUCAGAUUGCACGAUGGCGGUUUAGUCGUCUUUUUUGUCGCUGGUCCUCAGAUCCCGCCCUGUAGUUUUAGUUCUUCUAAUCUUAUUUUUCUCUUUGUAUUUUCUGUCUCUUCAAACGAAGCAAACAUACUGUCAGUUCGGGCUGAACGAUUUGGGGAAAAUCCUGCGUUUUAAAUGCAAUUAUUUUCUAUAAAUCAAUUUCCAGGCCUGUUUUUUGGCCCAAAAGACCUGAACGUCCACUUUUUCUGGCAUAAAGUGUGAACACCGAGUGUGUCAGACUACCGGAUAGUUGUACUUGGAGCUGGGCGAUACGGCAAACCGUAACAUCACAAUACUUCAGGACGGUUUUUCUGAAACGGUAUCACAAUAUUUAUUUUUUCUGAUAAGUUAGAGCAGACAGAGCAAGACCACGUUUUAAAAAUACCAUCAAAAACUAUCCAAUUACUAUUCAUUUCACACACUGAGCUGCACUAAAUCUAAUUAAACAGGACUAAUUAGACUCUCUUUGUAAUCAAACAUGCAGUUGGGAGUUUUUUUUAAAGUAUACACUCAGAAAAGCAUAGUGAUGUGUUGUUAGAGGUGGACGAUAUAGCAAAUAUAAUAUUGCAAUGAUUCGACAUUUUCACGAUACAGAGAAAAAAAAGCCAGUAGAGCUACAACUUAAAAAUACUAUCAAAAACUGUGAACACAAUGAUUUUUAUUCCAUAUUUGGCAAGAUUUAAAUCCAGUUAAACGGCACUAAUUUUACUCUCUCUGUAAUAAAAACAGCAGUUGGUCAGUGUCUACAAGCACUGACGAUAUACAGGAUACGAUCAGAAAAGUAUACUGUGAUGUAAUUUAUCACGAUAAUGAUGUGUAUCGUCAUAUUGCCCAGCCCUACACACUGUCCAGCACUUCUUGUGAUGUCACAGAACAAGGUUUUGUUGCUUCUGAUUGGUCUGCAGCUCUGUGUUAUCAGGUUAUUGGUUUAAAAUGAUGCUGCGCUCUAUAAUAAAACUCUCGAUAUAAAAGCGAUGAAUCGUUCAGCCCCACUGUCAGCUCUACUAGCCCACAGAGGUCAGAGUUUGUCUUGCUGCCGGUCAUCAGGAUGUUAUGGAUGCUAAUUAGCUCUAACUGGACGCUCCUGUGGGUCAAACCGUGUAGGUUAGUGAGUCUGUAGUAUUUUCCUCUGAAAACCUGGUCUGUUUGACGUAUUCAGCGUAUUUUUCUCCUUGUUCUUUUUCUGUCGAGCUGCUUUCAUCAUUUUCUGUUUCUCCUUAUUCGUCGCUUCUUCGAGGGCGACGCGAUGCCGACGUGCCAGUAGCCGUUUCCCUUUCGGUCCCUUUUUCUCGAUAUCGGGAGAUCGUCCACAGAAGAAACUGUUCUCGAGUGUUUGUCAGCCUGUUGUGUAAUAACGUAUUAAUACGUGCAGCGUCGCCUCAUUUCUAAUCACCAGAGAAAAAAACUGUCAAUCUUUUUUUUUUUUUUACCCGCUCAACUCGUCUUCAGCUACUUAGUCGCGCAUAUUUGGAUCAAUAUUAUCCAAAUAUCGUGAGAACUGUCCUCUGGAGUAUAAUUUAAGUGUCUGAAAGUAUCCCUGUAUCCUUUCAUUGCAAUAAAACAUAGAAUGCUAAUUUACUG